CGGAGGGUGAGGCCGCCAUUUUAGAUGGGGAACGGAACGAACGGCGCCGAGUGAGGAGCGAGUCCGGGGGAGCGGCGGAGCCUGCGUAGAGGAGGACCCUGGCCUAAGUCACUGCACAGGAUGGACCUGCUCUGGGGAUGAAUCAAGAUUUUACUGUUCCUUAGGCUGUGUCAAUGGAGCACAUUCAAGGAGCUUGGAAGACCAUCAGUAAUGGUUUUGGAUUCAAGGAUUCUGUCUUUGAUGGAUCAAACUGUAUUUCACCUACUAUUGUUCAGCCUUUUGGCUCUCAACGCCGAGCUUCUGAUGAUGGCAAGCUCUCAGAUAUGUCUAAGACUAGUAAUACCAUUCGGGUUUUCUUGCCUAACAAGCAACGCACCGUGGUAAAUGUGCGGAAUGGGAUGACCCUACAUGAUUGUCUUAUGAAGGCGCUCAAAGUCAGAGGUCUGCAGCCAGAAUGCUGUGCAGUUUUUCGACUUUUUAAUGAACAAAAAGGCAAAAAAGCACGCUUGGAUUGGAAUACAGAUGCUGCCUCCUUGAUCGGAGAGGAACUGCAAGUAGAUUUCCUUGAUCAUGUUCCACUUACAACACACAACUUUGCUCGGAAGACAUUUCUAAAGCUUGCCUUCUGUGACAUAUGCCAGAAGUUCCUGCUAAAUGGGUUCCGGUGUCAGACGUGUGGCUACAAAUUCCAUGAACACUGCAGCACUAAAGUCCCAACUAUGUGUGUGGACUGGAGCAAUAUCAGGCAACUCUUAUUGUUUCCUAAUUCAAAUAUCAGUGACAGUGGUGUCCCUGCACUACCUCCCUUGACAAUGCGACGGAUGCGUGAGUCUGUCUCCCGGAUGCCUGUUAGUUCCCAGCACAGAUAUUCUACGCCUCAUGCCUUCACGUUCAACACAUCACAUCCUUCCUCUGAGGGCUCCCUUUCCCAAAGACAGAGAUCUACAUCCACCCCAAAUGUCCAUAUGGUCAGCACUACCAUGCCUGUAGACAACAGGAUAAUUGAGGAUGCAAUUCGAAGCCACAGUGAGUCAGCUUCACCAUCAGCUCUGUCUGGAAGUCCCAACAAUAUAAGCCCAACUGGCUGGUCUCAACCCAAAACCCCAGUGCCAGCCCAAAGAGAGAGAGCUCCUGGAUCCAACACACAAGAAAAAAACAAAAUUAGGCCUCGUGGACAGAGAGAUUCAAGUUAUUAUUGGGAAAUAGAAGCAAGUGAAGUUAUGCUCUCGACCAGAAUAGGGUCAGGUUCUUUUGGAACGGUUUACAAAGGCAAAUGGCAUGGAGAUGUAGCAGUGAAGAUAUUAAAGGUUGUAAAUCCAACCCCAGAACAGUUUCAGGCCUUCAGAAAUGAAGUGGCUGUAUUAAGGAAGACCCGACAUGUUAAUAUUUUGCUGUUCAUGGGCUACAUGACUAAAGACAAUCUGGCUAUUGUUACGCAGUGGUGCGAAGGGAGCAGUCUGUAUAAGCACCUGCAUGUACAAGAGACCAAGUUCCAAAUGUUCCAGCUCAUUGAUAUUGCCCGACAGACAGCACAAGGAAUGGACUAUUUACAUGCAAAGAAUAUCAUCCACAGAGACAUGAAAUCAAAUAAUAUAUUUCUUCAUGAAGGCCUCACAGUGAAAAUAGGAGAUUUUGGUCUGGCAACAGUAAAAUCCAGAUGGAGUGGAUCUCAGCAGGUGGAGCAGCCGUCUGGUUCAAUCCUCUGGAUGGCACCAGAGGUGAUCCGGAUGCAGGAUAAUAACCCAUUUAGUUUUCAAUCAGAUGUCUACUCCUAUGGAAUAGUAUUAUAUGAACUGAUGACAGGAGAACUGCCAUACUCCCAUAUUAACAACAGAGAUCAGAUCAUUUUUAUGGUUGGUCGAGGUUAUGCAUCUCCAGACCUCAGUAAAUUGUACAAGAACUGUCCCAAAGCUAUGAAGAGGCUUGUAGCAGAUUGUGUGAAGAAAGUUAAGGAGGAAAGACCUCUAUUUCCACAGAUACUGUCUUCCAUUGAAUUGCUGCAGCAUUCUUUACCCAAAAUCAACCGUAGCGCUUCUGAACCUUCUCUGCAUCGUGCAGCCCACACAGAGGACAUCAAUUCAUGCACAUUAACAUCCACAAGACUACCUGUUUUUUAGGAUUGCACGCUCUCUCCCUUGCUCUAACCAGUAAUGAGAAAGAAAAACAGUCAUAGCAGUUGUGCUUUUAAUGCCUCAGUCUACAGGAUUGCAAUGCCAGCAGGAUUCUGUCUCCCAGUUUUCAGAACAAGCUGCUAAGGAUUUCUACAGUUUUAAUCCUACAGGGACAUUUCUCCACAUUGCCUUUUUCUACCAUUUCUUUUAUUGGGAUAGAGUUAACUGAGACUGUAAUCAAGAAAAUCUAUUACUAUUUUUUUAAUAGAUGCACUUGAGCCUUAUUUUCCCAUAAACAGAAAAGAUGGACAUUUUCUUUGGCAGUUUUGUGUCUGAUUCUGUUUAAUAAAUUGGUAUUUUUAUAGCAAGGCUGGUUCAGCAUUUGAGGAAAGAAAUAUUGCAGAUUGGUACUGUUCUUUGGAUGUCCCAUGCCAUGUGCCACUGUAAAGUUGGGGGAUUUUGACUAAAAUGGCCAUCUACAAACAAGACUGAUGAAAGAGGAAGAAUUCUGGCGAUCAGCUUCUGCAAAGAGUACUCAUGAAGCAGAUGAAAUCUGUUGUUAUGAAUUGCUAAGUCAACACAAAAAUAGUUUUGCACAUAGAAGAAAAACUUCUGCAGAGGAGUGGAAUAUAUUCUGAAUAGUACUGCUCAGAGAAGGAAGCUAGCACAAUCUUGCUAUGGUCCUCUCCAGUAACUUAAGAAGCUUUUUUGGUACUAUUGACUUGUUUCUUACAGCCCAAUGAGGUAUCAAGUGCGGAAUGACAGGCUUUUUUGGAUGAGGAAAGGCUAAGUAACAUUAUCAGUAUAUUUCUGCAAAACACGCAGCAACUUCAACCCAUUUGAAGCUGUCUUCCGAGAGAUGCACUAUAAAAGAGGAAACUGAGUGUAUACAGUUUUUCUUUCUGAUUUGGGUUUUAAUUUUGUUUUUAUUGCUCCCAAGAAAAUGCCUUUAUUGUAAACCAAGGUUCCUCUGAUUAUCUUAUUUUAAUAAAAUAAAUUAAAUUUA